AUGGCGGGGGACAACGAGGUGCACGAGGGCGCCUCGGUCAAGGAGAUCCUCAUCGAGGCCUGCCGGCGCAACAACACGGAGCUGCUGACCGAGACGCUCGAGGGCAAGUCCGAGGAGGAGAUCGCCAAGCUGCUCAACGAGACGACGACGGUCAUGGGCAACCACCUGUACCAUGAAGCCGCGUCACGGGGAAACUACGAGAUCAUCGACCUCCUCCUCGACCAGCCCAACUUCGAGUGCGACCCCGUCAACCGCCAGGAAGGGGACACGCCGCUGCACACGGCCAUCCGGUGGAUCAACUCGGAGCCGCCCGCCCAGCGCGAGUUCGGCAGCGCCCUCGUCGACAUGAUGCUCGAGGCCGGCUCGUCGACGCGCAUCCGGAACCGCGCGCGCCUGACGCCCUCGCAGCUCGUCGACCCGUCCAACGCGGCCCUGCGGGAGCUCAUCCAGCGGCACGAGUACGCCAACCUCAACGCCGGCGACUUUGUCGAGGUCAGCGAGCCGCGGGCGGCGGCGCACGGCGCGGUGCCGGCCGGCAAGUCGGCGGCGGUGGUGCGGCAGGAACAACAGGCGGAGGAGAGCGAUGACGAUGCCGAGUUUAGCGGGAGUGACGACGAGGAGAGGGCCGAGUGGGAGAGGAGACGGAAGGAGAGGAGGGCGAGGAAGGGUUGA